AUGGAGUCUCAAGUUGAUGUUAUCGACACUUCCACCAUUCUUAGUGAACAUCAUACAUCUAUUUUGAAUAUGGCAUACAAUUUCAACUCCUCUGCAUGGAUGUCAAGCUGGGAGCUUUCAAAAGCUCGUGAAGAGCCUGUAGCUAUCAUUAGCGUCAAGGACUUGCAAUUGCAGGUCAUCGCCGGAGCCGAUGGGUGGACAGGAGAUUGGGUUAAGACUACUUGUCCACAGCAACCAGCUCACGUCUCGGUGUCCCUUGCUUUACGACGACCUUUCAAGAAGGCAUCUGAAGAUGAUGAUAUCGCAGGGGACACUAUUCAUUAUGGCCUCAUCAAAAUAGCUAUUAUGGAUGCUAUCAGGGCUUAUCAUGCAAGAGGUAUAAAUCCUGAGUUUGCAACCGAACUUUCCAUGAAGUCGAUCUGUAUAUUCAUCGCUUCUGUUCUUAUUAGGCGCAGUAUUGCAGUAGGUAGGAACGUCAAUUGGUUCUCAGUCACAAUCACGCUUCCAAAAUCAUCUUUACGAGGAGCUGGUGCCAGUCUUACUGCACAAUCGAUUUUCAAAAAUCCUUCGUUAGAGGAACAGGAAGCAGGCACCUUGCAAAGCAUUGGUCAUAUCGGAGAAAGUAGUACCCUUCGACUGCACGACCUCACAGUUCCCACCAUAAUAGGCUUGUUGCCAAAAGAGCGCACCAUGAAGCAAAAUGUGGUUGCGAAUAUUGAGAUAGAUAGAUGGGUUGGCCAUGGAGAUCUUCAUUGGGAUAUACAACAGAUCGUUGUGAAGACGAUAGAAGAAUCAUCAUUCCAGACUUUGGAGGCACUGGCAGAGCGCAUAAGCAAAAAUAUCAUUCGACACUCUUUGAUCCCUACCAUGAUAAAGCAAGCCUCCAGAACAGAUAAUUGGGAUGAGCUCGCUGAUGAUUAUGAAGAAGUUCCAUGGGAGAAAACGCUUGUACCCAAAUUAUGUCCAAUUGUUAAGGUCAAGCUGGAAAAACCCAGUAUAUACAUUGACACCACACCAUGUGUUGAAAUGAGCAUGGACAUUCGACCCUCAUGUGACUCGCCAUACUUUUCUUUGUGGGAAGGGUACAAGAGGUUGCAUAUAUGUCCACGUCCACUCAUAGGUACGCUCACGGACUGGAUUGCACAGGAGCGUGAAGGAUCAAAGAACGGAACAUCGUCAAACGUAGCAGGCGUCAAUCGAAAGUUGGAUGGUCUCCAACCCAAUCUCGCCAAGACGUCCCAAGAUACGGAGGAAGUCACUGCUCAGCCAGGAGAGCACCCAGAAAAUCCAAAGGAUGGAAAAUCACCAAGGUUAGAUCUGAAUCAAAAGCUGGAUGGCUCCCAAACUGACACCUCCAUAUACGAUGAUACCGAGGAAGAAACUGUUGCUCUUCUUAAGGAAUAUCCGAAAACUCCAAAGUAUGGAGAAUCGUCAAUUGUGAGAGACCUUGAUCGAAAGCUCAAGACUUUGCAAAGGAACAUUGCUCAACUUCGAAAAACUACACAGGAUAUCAUGGCUCCCCCCAAAAAACUGGAUGAUGAAGAAUCUACAACAUUGGUAGGAAUUGGUCAAAAGCUGGAUGCCUUCAAACAGGAAUUCGCCGACGCUCAGAAAGUAAUUCAGGAAAUCGUUGUUCGGCAAUCUUCUUCUGCGUCUAAAAAUUUGUAG